ACUGGUUGCAGAAGCAGAGGCAGCAGCAGUAGCGGCAGCAGUAAGCAGUAGCAACAGCACGAGUCGUUGUGUGUCUCAGUCUCGCCGUGAAAAUUCGUAAGUGGUCCGCGUGACAGUUGUCUGGAGGUUACGUUUACAAGCCGGACGAUGAUGUCAAAGAGUUGGUGUCGCGUGAUUCGCGCGAGAUCGAACCAUUCAUCGAAUUGUCGGUGAAUCAUUACGUUCGUUGUUGGUUUUUUCUUUGUCGGUGCAAGCUUCUCUCUCUCUGUUGGCCAACAGGGAUAAUAGGCCGGGCCUAUCAGUACAGUAGGAAAAUGGCGGCUUGCCUUGCGCGAUGUAGACGAUGAGAGGCAACGAGGUUCUUGGCGUGAAGCGCUUGAACACAUUACGAAAAAAAAGUAACCUUUUGUUUUAUUGUCGAUUGUUCGCGGUGUAAAGUGUGUGGAGUUGGUGUUCGAUCAUCGGCGCGGUGAACGAAAAACAUAAGAGAGAGAAAGAGUGGGAGAGGUUAAGAAAAAAAAAGGAGGGACCUUGUUAGCGCGAACACCACGAGUUACGAGAUGAGAGUGAGACGUGAGGAAGAACGAAGGAAAAAUAACACGAGAGCCGAGUAACGAAGAACCACUGUGCAUUCAGUUUGUGUACGCGUGUGUGCUCGUAUGAGAGCGAGAGGCGAUCAACGGUGACAAGUGUUCCGUCGACGGGGAACUUGGCCUUAGCCCCACGUCGACAAGAAGAUGAUAUUCUGGGUAUCAAGAUACCGCCGUGGCUACGUCGACCGCGAUCCUCGUGUCGCCGUUUGCUGUCGUCGCCAUUGAGCUGCGGCUGCUUUCGCGAAAAUUUGUUUUUUCGCGAGAGGAUAGCGAGGCCGUGGACGACGAGAACAACGACGAGGACAACAGCAACGACGACGACGACGACGACAACGACGACCGCCACCAUCACUAUCACUAUCACUGUCACUAUCACUAUCGCUAUCGCUAUCACUAUCACCAUCACCAUCACCAUCACCAUCACCAUCACCAUCAUCACCACCACAACCACCACCACCACCUCCACUACCAACGAUCACAAGGAAAACUCGAGGGAAGAUGAGAGGCGCGUGCGACGGCGGCAUAGCGAGCUUUCUCGCUCUGGCGCUCCUCUGUUUAUUCCACACGUCAUGCCUUGUGGACGGACUGUUGAAGUGUUAUUGCGAUAUUUGCACGGACACCAAUCACACGUGCGAAACCGAUGGUUAUUGCUUUGCUAGCACCAGCUUGGAGAAUGAUAUGACCACAUAUGCCCGGAGGUGUUAUGAUAAGGUGCGCUUCUUCCCGGCACCCGAAUACUCAGUCUGGUGCAAAGCGAAUAACACGCUACACGGUCCAGGUGACGUGGAAUACGCGGUCGCCUGCUGCGACCACUCCGACUUCUGCAAUCGCGACCUAAGGCCCUCUUUUACUCCUCGCGAGUCCAGAGGUGGGCCAUACUUCCGACUCGUCGAUUACCUCGAACGAGUGCGGUCGGGUGGCGAUGACACGGCGUGGGUCACUUGGAAGGUGGCCUUGAUAAUAGCAACGCCAAUAUGCCUGAUCUGCGUGGUGGUUAUGGUCGUUUAUCACGUGCGUAAGACCCCAGAAAGACCAGGAAAUAGCGAUGAUUCGCAGGAGGCACCAGAUCGACCCAUCCUGGGUGGUGUUACCAUCAGGGAUAUGCUGGAAAUGACUACCAGUGGCAGUGGCUCAGUAGGCCUGCCGCUUCUGGUACAGCGAAGCAUAGCCCGCCAGAUUCAGCUGGUGGAGACGAUUGGAAAAGGUCGCUUCGGCGAAGUCUGGCGUGGUCGUUGGAGGGGUGAGAACGUUGCCGUGAAGAUCUUCAGCUCGCGUGAAGAAAGGUCUUGGUUCAGGGAGGCCGAAAUUUAUCAGACGGUGAUGCUCAGACACGAUAAUAUCCUCGGGUUCAUCGCAGCUGAUAACAAAGAUAAUGGUACGUGGACCCAGCUGUGGUUGAUCACGGAUUAUCACGAGAAGGGUUCGCUGUUCGAUUAUUUGAACAGAUCGACCGUUGAUACGAACGGUAUGAUCAGGAUGGCUCUGUCGAUUGCCACCGGGUUAGCGCAUCUUCAUAUGGAGAUCGUCGGCACGCAAGGGAAACCAGCCAUCGCUCACAGGGAUCUCAAAUCGAAAAAUAUCCUCGUGAAGACGAAUGGCACAUGCGCGAUCGGCGAUCUUGGAUUAGCCGUCAGGCAUGAUGUAAUAACAGACACCGUCGAUAUCCAACUAAAUAAUCGAGUGGGCACUAAGCGGUACAUGGCACCCGAGGUUCUCGAAGAGACGAUAAACAUGAACCACUUUGAUUCCUUCAAGAGGGCUGACGUGUACGCUCUCGGGCUGAUCCUCUGGGAGAUCGCAAGGCGAUGCAACGUCGGUGGAAUUCACGACGAAUAUCAGCUGCCGUUUUACGACUUGGUGCCUUCUGAUCCAACGAUCGAAGAGAUGCGUAAGGUUGUGUGCACCGACAGACAGAGGCCAUCGAUACCGAAUCGGUGGCAGUCGAUCGAGGCGUUACAAGUGAUGUCGAAGGUGAUGAAGGAGUGUUGGUACCACAACGCGGCAGCUAGACUAACCGCGCUUAGGAUUAAAAAAUCUCUCGCAAAUUACGGUGCGAUGGAGGACUUGAAGUGAAAUGAAGAGAAUCAGCAGGUCGUUGAAAUGACCGGAAUACUAGAAGUGCUCGAAACAUAUGUGGACAUUUACUUUAAUUGUAAUACUUUUAUCGCAAUAACACUUUUAAGUGCCGUGUUACUCCGCGAGUGAGCGAGAGAAGGAGAGGGGGAGAGGGAGAGAGAGAGAGAGAGAGAGAGAAAGAGAGAGAGAGAGAGGGAGAAAGAGAGCAUGGGAAAAAGAGCGAAAAAGAAAGAGAUAAUACAUUUGGUCGUAAAUGAGAAAUUCUAAUAGUUGGAUCAGAGAGCCUAACGAAAGACUGGUUAAAAAGAUAUUAAAAAAGCGAAAAAUGAGACAAAAAAAAAAGAAAUAAUUGAAAUGGAGGUGACGUUCCUUUGAUCGCGUUGACUUGGUCGAGUUGCAACCCUAAUUUCAAGUUUCAGCUUGUACGUAUAAGGUAGCGGAAUUAUUCUAUGUAAAGAAGUCGUAGUCGGGCAACUGAAAGGACGUCUUGUUUUAAAAGAUAAAGAAAAGAAAAAGUAAUAAAGCAUGUUAGGGAGCAAUGGCUAACAGAAACAUGGACAGGGUUGGUGAUGAAUGUCCAAAAUGAGAGAAUAUCAGGGCGUUCAGUUCCUGGCGAUCGAUCGAUCGAUUGGUUGAAACGGAAUAAAUAAACAUGCGUAAAGUGUUCGGUUAAUCGAAUAUGAUAUCGUGCCUAAUCACAUGUCACACACCUCUGCUGUAUAUUUAUUAAUAGUAACGAUAAGAUAAUGACGUAUAUAAAUUAUUGAGUAAUAUUAAUGAAUAUUAUUGAGUAAUAUUAAUAAAUAUUAAUAAAUUUGUAUAUUAAUAUAUACACAUAUAUGUAAUUACGUAUAUUCGUUAUUGGGCGAUCCGAUUCGAUUAACCGAAGUAAUUUAUUCGUCGACUAGUUUGUAAUGGAAAUCAUUUCAGUAAGAUGAUUAAAUAAUUAACUAUCGAAUUCGAUUGACCGAUCGACAAUGAUUCCUGACAGAUGGACCUUCCUCGUCCAGCGUAUGGGUUGAGACGACUUCACGAGAAAAUAAUGGCCUCCGCGUUACAAUUUCAUAUGUUUUCGCUCUUUUCCUUGUACAUUUUAUACAUAUAUAGUUUUCUUCCUUUACUCAAAAUUUACACAUAGUGUCAUAUGGAUUUAUUCGCCUAUUUUACCGGUGCGUGCAGAGACUAAGUUUCUUUUUCCUUCUUUUAUGGAAGCAUAUCCAUACACAUCAUGUUACAAGAGAAAUGCAUAUCCUUAUUUCUCGUUUUUGCAAUUAGACAGAGUCGAAUAUUUGCAUCGAUUCUGUACAUAUAUACAGGGUAGUUAGCAAGAGCCGAACAAUUUAUGGUUGUCGAAUAGACACGGUUACACAGAAGUAUACGUGAUUUUGUUUUUGUUUAUAAAAGAAACUAUAUGAUCGAGAUGAAUGCUUAAACAAAAGAAACAAAAAUAAUAGCAUUUUUUAUUUAGUUUUUUUUACGUGAUCUUUUAUUCAACAGAAACGAACAAUACCUUUUACAUACAGGUAUCCUUUUCGCAGCGAUAAAUUUCAAAUUGUUCUCAAAGUUUUUACAACGAAUGACAUUUUCUAUUAUUUGGUUUGGUUCGUUAACCGGAUAUUAUACACACACUUACACGUAUAAACACAUUCUAUACACACAUAUGAUACGACUACACGUAUUCUUAGCGUUAGACAUACCCAGAUGUUUUGCUCAAGACGAAAUAUUUUUGCGUAUUAAUCGUGAUACGCGAGCUGAAGGCGGUGCGUCAUGAUACGCGGGACUUUCGAAGCGUGUUUCCUUUGUAACACAGGAAGGCUGAAAUUAAAGGGUGCUAAGCUCAAGAAUGAAUGUUCGUUUACGUAUGAAAGGUACAGACUGAGCAACUGCGGAAUAGAAGAUAGAAAAUGGAAGAAGAGACAGACUGCGAACCUACGACUGAAAGGUAGCGAAAAAGAGAGUUUUAAAAGUGAACAAAGAGGAGAAAUGAAAGCAAAUUGAUACAGAAAAAAAGAAAACAAAGAAAAA